AUGAAGCCCCCAUCAGAACAGAAGGCAGCCCGACGGUCGGCCUCUGACAUCCGCGUGUUCGCCAGCAGCUGUACACUGCAUGGGUUGGGGCAUGUCUUCGGCCCUGGGGGCCUGACCCUGCGCCGGGGGUUGUGGGCUGCAGCUGUGCUCCUGUCUCUGGCUGCCUUUCUCUACCAGGUGGCUGAAAGGGUGCGUUACUAUGGAGAGUUCCACCAUGAGACAGCCCUGGAUGAACGCGAGAGCCACCAGCUCACCUUUCCAGCCGUCACCCUCUGCAACAUCAAUGCACUACGCCGCUCACGCCUCACACCCAAUGACCUGCACUGGGCUGGACCUGCACUGCUGGGCCUGGACCCUGCUGAACACGCGGCCUUCCUGCGUGCCCUGGGUCGGCCCCCUGCACCACCCGGCUUCAUGCCCAGUCCCACAUUCGACAUGGCACAGCUCUAUGCUCGUGCCGGCCACUCCUUGGAGGACAUGCUGCUGGACUGCCGCUACCGUGGCCAACCGUGUGGGCCUGAGAACUUCACUGUGAUCUUGACCAGGAUGGGACAGUGCUAUACAUUCAACUCAGGUGCCAACGGGGCACAGCUGCUCACCACUCCCAAGGGUGGUGCUGGCAAUGGGCUGGAGCUCAUGCUGGAUGUGCAGCAGGAGGAGUACCUGCCUGUGUGGAGAGACAUGGAGGAGACUCCGUUUGAAGUGGGGAUUCGAGUGCAGGUCCACAGCCAGGAGGAGCCGCCAGUCAUCGACCAGCUGGGCUUCGGAGCUGCUCCUGGCUACCAGACCUUUGUAUCCUGCCAGCAGCAGCAGCUAAGCUUCCUACCUCCACCUUGGGGAGACUGCAGUUCUGUGUCUCUGGACCCUGACUUUGAGUCAGAACCCUCUGAUACCUUGGGUUUCCCUGAGCCCAGCCCCAACCCCAGCCCUCCCUACAGCCUAAUGGGGUGUCGCUUGGCCUGUGAGGCCCGCUAUGUGGCUCGCAAGUGUGGCUGUCGAAUGAUGCACAUGCCCGGAGGCGCACCCGUAUGCAGCCCCCAACAGUACAAGGAUUGUGCCAACCCAGCCCUGGACGCCAUGCUGCGGAAGGACGCGUGCGUCUGUCCCAACCCAUGUGCCAUCACACGCUACGCCAAGGAGCUCUCCAUGGUCCGGAUCCCGAGCCGUGCCGCCGCCCGCUACCUGGCUCGAAAAUACAACCGCAGCGAGGCCUACAUCACGGAGAAUGUGCUUGUCUUAGACAUCUUCUUCGAGGCCCUCAACUACGAGACGGUGGAGCAGAAGGCGGCCUACGAAGUGUCGGAACUGCUAGGUGACAUUGGGGGCCAGAUGGGGCUGUUCAUUGGGGCCAGCCUGCUCACCAUCCUUGAGAUCCUAGACUACCUGUGUGAGGUGUUCCAAGACAGAGUUCUGGGGUAUUUCUGGAACCGAAGGCGCUCCCAGCAGCACUCCAGCACCAAUCUGGGCUCCCACCCCUCCCUGUGCCAUCACCAAGACUCUCUCUGCCUCCCACCGCACCUGCUACCUCGUCACUCGGCUCUAGCCCUUUCAUCCAGGUCCCUGUGGCCACAACUCAACGUUCUGGACGGAGCCAGCAUAUGUGUGUCUUAG